CAGUACCUUGCCUCCUGCUAUAGGCCAGUUCUUGGACAAGGCCAUUGUCCUGACCUGGUCAAGCAUGUAAAGUAAUUUCCAGUACCUGGUAGCAUUCAUGGACUUGUCCUCAUGACUAUCCCCACCCUUUGCUCUAUAUAAUUCUUUGGUGCCUGCCAAGUACAAUGGGGAUACAUUUUGUUUUGCUCUCACCCAGGAGGAGCCUUGUAUCUAAUAGAGUAACUUGGCAGUAUAAGUGAGGCUGGGGACUAAGCACUGUGGCCCAGGGCAGGAAGUAUCCUGUACUCACCAAAGGACGAGUUGACUGUCAUCUCAGAGGCCAAGGGCUGACAGCAUCAUGCAUCCCUGGUUAGCCUUCACAAGCCUCAUACUACUUUGGACAGAUGCUGUAGUUUCUCAAGUACAAGUAAGCGGAGUGGUGGGUCAGCCUGUCACGCUACCCUGCACCUACUCAACAGCUAGUGAAGUCACAACCAUGUGCUGGGGCCGAGGGGGAUGUCCUCGGUCCGUAUGCUCAGAUCAACUCAUCUGGACUGAUGGAUAUCGUGUCACCUUUCAGAAGAACAUGCGUUAUGAGCUAAAUGGAAUCAUUCCGAAAGGGAAUGUAUCUUUAACCAUAAAGAAUGCACAACAAUCCGACAGUGGCACAUAUUGCUGCCGUAUUGAGCACUCAGGGUGGUUUAAUGACAAGAAAGUCAACAUAUUAUUGGAAAUAAAGCCAGCGCCACCUAAGACCACCAGUGUUCCAACAUCACCUAGGGUGUCUACCUCUGCUCCUACAACGCCAGCAACCACACUGAACCUCACGACAGCUCCAUCUGAGGUCACUAAUGUUCCAAUAUCACCUAACAUCUCUACCUCCACUCCUACAACAUCAGCAACCACACUGAACCUCACGACAGAAAAUAUUUCAUCUUCUCCAGUGCAGACGACAGAAACCCAGCCUACCACUCCACAGAAAACAUAUACGACCAGCUUACAAUCGAACUCUUGCCUAACGGAUGGGAAUGGCACUGUGGCACAGCCUUCAGAUGGCGGUUGGCAAUACAAUGAAACUCUCGUGUGCCUGGAACAAACUCCACAGCUGACCACCAAUGAGGCAUUCUACGCUGGAAUCUCUAUCACCGCCAUGAUAUUGCUCACUAUUUUGGCUGCUGUAAUUUCCAAAAAAUAUUUAUGCACAAGAAAAAAGGUGUUACAAAUAAGCAAGGUUUCAUCAAAUGACUUGAAGAAUGGAGCUUUGGAAAAUGCAACUGUGGUGCACUACCGAGCAGAUGAGAAUAUCUACUUUGAGAACAAUGUUUAUGACACGCAUUAAGAUCCAGUGGCUCUCUAGGGCUUUGUGCCCUUAACUGCAGAAGACAGUGACCAUGUAACAGCAUGUCAGAGUCUUUUUAAGUUCCAGGAUGAUUUUUUUUUUUUUUUUUUUGGUCAUUUGCCCAUGUCAGUGGUGUUGGGUAGAGUGUGUCUAGCUCUUCUACUUGUGUAGUCAGCCUCGUUAGUAAUAUAGUCCUCAUUGUUUAUAUUGAACCAGCUCAGCCUUUCUGGUUAUGGCAGUGCUCUCUCCCAAAUAUGAAAUGAACACUUCAGAGAUGUAUAUUCUCUUUAGAUAUUAUGAAUCCUGCAUCCAUCAAGAAUUAUCACUGGGGAGACAAGAAAACUUCACCUUGGUCAUCGAAGCUCUCAAGAAGAGUUAAUUAGGACUUAAAAUUAACAAAUCUAAUUCAGUACUUAAAUGACUUUACUUGGAAGCAUUUCAUGAUUAUCUCUUAUUUUUUAUCUUGCAACUUCAAGUAUUACAUUUCUUAGGUCCCCCAAGGUUUUUAAAUCAUGGCAAUGCACAAGUUUUUAUUUCCCUCAUAGGGAAAUUAAGUCAGUGUGAUUUCACCAGUAGAUUUUUUUUUUAAUGACUCUGAACACAUAAGGUUUUAAAUGCUUUCCCUGGGACUAGGAUGGGUAUUGUAGCAGUUAAAAGAAGCUGGGACAGUGUGUGGACCAAUUAGAUCGCAGGGUAAGAAAUCUGUUGCUAUGUAACUUAACACAUGUAUCUGUGUCUGCUAUAUCUGUGCCAUAGUUCAGGCACUUAUGUAGACAACCGUCAGGGAAUCUAAACUAAUUUUUAGAAUGAUGUAAGGCAGAGAUAGAUAAAGGAAAAAAAAGGGGAGAGAAUAGGGAAAAAGACUUUCUGAGUUAGAAAAGCAAGUUUGCACAUAUAACUGAAAUUCUAAAUUGUCCCCAAAUGACUUUGAUUUUUAAAAUUGUUUUGCAAGGAUGAAGUUUUUUGUUUUUAUGUCACAUCAAUUUCAGUGCUAUUCCUUUUCUGCAAUUGAAUUUUUGGUUUUACCAAGAGAGUUAAACAAAAGUUAAGGAUAGUUUUAGCCACCAGAAACAUUUCUGUAUGAAGAGUUAACAAGGCUGGAUAUUAAUUUCAAUUUGAUUUAACCCUGAAAUAAUUCAUGCUUGUGGUUCAGAGCUACUGAAACCAUUAUGGUCUAGGAGAGCAGUCUGCAGAAUUCUAAGAAAUUAAUAGUACCACUGAAUAAAGGUUAUAUGGACAAAUAAGAAUGUGAUGCAUUGUGUUAGGUUUCCAACUGAGGCAAAGCUAGACUGGUCUAAAAAAUUUGGUACAAACUGUAGUGUUUUUCUUUUAAAUUCAAGACAACAUGCAUGACCAUGGAGUUUUCAGAUUAAAGCCCAGAUUUGUAGCUUCUCUGGAAUGUCCUGGCAACAUUGGACUGCAGUUGAUGCAAUCAGGACCCCAUUAGAUGGCAUUUCAUCCCCUUAGCGCCCCCCGCCCUCCCCCGCCCCAGUCCUUGCCUUGCCUGCAUGUGCAUGUUUGUUACCUACUUUGUGACUUUUGUGGGCCUUUGGAUUUAUGACGCCUGCUCUAUUCCCUGUACCUUUCCUGGAGAUUUACGAUGACACAUUAAAGAAAUCUGGUUAACUUUGUUUAAUCCAGCAUUUCCAAAACGCGUUUGAAACCCAUGAGCGCAGUGACUACUAGCUUGCCCAGUAGCAUUCUGUGAAACAAUAUGCGGGGGCCUGGAGAAAGCAGGUGACGCAGAAUUAGAACCAGGACUUGAGUUCUAAUCCUAACUCUUAACAAUAACACUGAUGACAUUAGGGCAAACUUUUUGAUGCCAACAUUUUUCCAUCUGUUAGAGAUCAUUAUUUCCAUACCUACUUCAGAGCGUAUGACAUGUUACUUGUGAACGUCUCCAAAGUGAAAAUCACUACAGAAAUGCAAGUGGUUUUUUUUAGUUGAGUUUGUAGUACUAGCAGAUCUAGUAUUAGUGCUCAGUAGAUAAUUUCAAGUGUUGCUUUCGUUAGUCUCUUGCUAUAUAGAACAUCUUUUUUUUUUUUAAUCUUUGAAUAUUUCUUUUAUGGAAAACUUUAUUGGGUAAUUUUUUCUUUCAUUUUAUGCCAUAGAAAAUAAUUGUCAAUAACCAAGAAGAAAGGAAGGGAAGGUAUUUGGUGAAUAUUAAAUUCUGGUUUUUAAAUAUAUCAAUCUUGUAGAAUGUUUCAAAUUUUCCAUUUUUUACAAUCUGUCUUGGGACAUUAGGACACAGGUAUAAUUAAGAACAUCUAUUUAAACUUGGGAAAUUUUAUACAUCUUUAAGUAGUAGCAGAACCAAUCGUUCACUGAUGGCUGUGAAGAUAAUUUUGUGAGUGUGCCAAAGUGUGAGGGUAUCCUAGUUUCAUUAUGUGUUCACUGUCCAAUAAACAUGAUUUUCAUUUUCCUUUUGAAAA